UUCAGUUCAGUUUGUAUUCUCAAUUGCAUUACACAGUGUUACAUAAUGUUGACUAAGAUUAUUGCCUUCGCUACCCUGGUGGCAUCAACUCAAGCUGGUCUUCUAGCAGCUCCUGCAAUAUCAACUCAUGGCAUUUCAAUAGGACACACAUACGCUGCUCCAGCAAUCGCCGCCCCUGCUUAUGCUGCUCCUGCUUAUACUACUCACGCAUAUGCUGCUCCAGCAAUUUUGAAAACUCCAGUUGUAAAGGCAGCACCAUCGGUGGAUUAUGUGGCUUACCCUAAAUAUCAGUUCAACUAUGGCGUUCAGGACGGCCACACAGGUGACCAGAAAACUCAAUCAGAAGUUAGAGAUGGAGAUGUCGUCAAAGGACAGUAUUCUCUCGUCGAAGCUGAUGGUACAGUGAGAACCGUAACAUACACAGCAGAUGACCAUAACGGUUUCAAUGCUGUUGUGACAAGGUCAGGCCACGCUGCUCAUCCUGCCACUCCUGUGGCUGUUGCAUCAAAGGUCGUUGCUGCUCCUGCGUACACCACGCAUGCUGUCGCGGCUCCUGCUUACACCACACAUGCUGUUGCCACUCCUGCUUACACCACGCAUGCUGUCGCCGCUCCUGUUUACACUACUCAUGCAGUUGCCGCUCCUACAUAUACCACGCAUGCAGUAGCGGCUCCUGCAUAUGCUGCUCCUGCCAUAGGAAUAGGUCAUGAUCUUGGACUUGGAUAUCAUUAACUCCUUUCAACAUCCAUUUUCAAACACAUUGCUCUACAGCAGCUUCAAUCAGUAGAAAACUAGCCCAAUUUGGUUUCUAUGGUUGUAUUGCAGCAAACAAGUAUUUGCCUUACAUUAAAGCAAAAUUUGUAUGAUGUGAAAUGUGUAUUUUCGUAUUUCGGAAAAAUCAUCACACUUCUCUAUUUAUUUUAUAAUUUUUAGUAAUGAUUUCUUUCGAAAUACUUUGGAUUCGACCGCUGUGCUAAAUGUAUUUUGUUUGUUUAUACCAUGUUGUUCUUCUCUGUGCUUGUAUUUUGUUUAGUAUGUAAAUAUCAUUUAGUGGUAGUUUAUCUGUCACGCAGUAUUGUUUUCAUUAUCAUGUUUAUA